UUCCUCGAGGCCAUUGAUAUGAAUUUCGCAAGCAAUGAAAAGGCCGAAACGGCUUCAUUGAUGCAUAAACUUGUGACUAUGAGGUAUAAUGGCCGAGGGGAAAUUCGGGAGCACAUUAUGGAAAUGUCAAACACUGCUUCAAAGCUUACGGCACUUAAUUUGACGAUCAGUGAUGAUCAAUUAGUGCAUUUGGUUAUGAUAUCUCUUCCUCAUCAAUUUGAUCACUUCAAAGUUAGUUACAAUACUGUGAAGGAUAAAUGGUCAUUGAAUGAGUUGAUUUCUCAUUGUGUUCAAGAGGAAGAGAGGUUGAAGCAAAGUAAGACAGAAAGUGCUCACUUAGCAACAAGCUAUAGGGGUAAACGAGGAAAGGACAAGGGAAAGAGGAUUGUUUCCGAGUUCGCUAAGGGGAAGAGGAUUCUUCCCGAUUCCUCCAGAAAUGUUGCCGGUCCAUCUGCAAAACAGUUUAAGAAGGAAAGAUCAGGUUCAGUUUGCUUCUUUUGCAAGAAAGAUGGACACAAGAAGAAUGAUUGUGAAGAAUAUCACGCUUGGCGCGUGAAGAAGGGGUUGCCUCCAGUGCCGAAAGCCGAUUGAUGCUGAAAGAUUCAUCUAUGUGGGCGAUGGCAAACAAGUUGAAGUGGAGGCAAUAGGCACAUUUAGAUUAUUACUAAAAACUGGUUGUUAUUUGGAUUUAGAACAGACAUUUGUUGUACCGUCAUUUAGACGGAAUUUAAUUUCUAUUUCUGUAUUGGACAAAUU